UCUUCAUUACCCAUUCAAGCCGUCUCCAGCCAUUAACAGUGCUAUACCAUUAACGAUUUUAUAUACCGUAACCAAGAGUCGAGGAUGGGGAGUGUUAUAUUCCACAAGUAAGUAAAACCUUUUUUCUAUAAUAUAUUAAGUUAUAGUGGGUGACAUCGCCGUGAACAUGGUGGCAACAUCGAACUGCCGUGGAUGUUUACAUCUAGUUUCAAAGUAUACAUGGGAGUCUUUUUUUGAAAGACAUUUUACCUACACAAGUUGGCAUGAUGAUUUGACAGUUUUUGAUUUGAAAUGCUGGCAAUAUUAAGUACUCAUAUAAGUUGAAAUAAUCAUCAAUGACAUUCUAAUGUUACUCGCUGGCUAGUCAGGCUAUACAGAUUAAUUGGAUUAAUUUGUAUGAAUUAAGAUAAGUCUAGUCUGUUCAGUGACAUUAUGGCUUAUCCAGCAAACAAUUCAAACAUAGGCCUAAUACUGUCAAUAAGACUCAUUCUCAGAAUUACAUGAGAAAUUAAAUAAAAAAAUGAAGUUGAAACACCUGGAACAUCAGAAACCUGAAAUACAGAUAUUUGAUUCUAUUUACAAUUUUACUGUGGUUCUUUUUCAUUUCAGCAGUACAUUGUUAUAAUGCUCUAUAUGUUUCCCUAUUAUUUGUGUAAGUAAGAAAAACGUUAGGUUAUUGAGUAUUUCCUUUACAAUAAUCUUCAAUGCUUGUUAAUUGAAUAUUUGAAACUACAAGUAACAGAAAUGAAACUACUUUUCUCAAACUUUUGAACUUUAGGCUUAAAGAAGUACAUUAAAAUUGUUUUAGGAACUGUUCAUUACAGAUUACAAACAUUGAAAGGUUAGGUUUAUAUCAUCAUGUUUUUAAUUAGUAAGCUAUGCUUACUAUAUCUAUUUCUCUAUUUUAGUGAUGCCACUAGCUUUUAUUUUUAUUGCUCUUUUGAAAGUGUUUCAUUUCAGAGCAUAUUUGGCAGAGUGAAAACAGAGCAGCCUGGUGAUCUACCAGAAGAUGAGAUUAUUUCAAUAUUCAAUGACAGUAGUGAUGAUGAUCUAUAUAGUUCAAAUUACAGUGUUCUAAAUGUAAAAACAGACAAUGGAUUUCAAGAAGAUUUACAACAAAUUGAAUCUAGGUUGGAAAGUGGAUCUGAUAUAAAGACCAGUGUGAACAUCUGUUCUGGAAAUCAGUUGCCUGGUUAUGUUUUAAGACAAGAAGAUCCCUUUACAGAAGUCAUCAAAUCUCCAAAACCAUACAAUGUAUGCAGAAAAACAAAUUUAAAUGAAAAUAACUCAAAACAAUCUAAUAUACCUCAGGGUGGUGACAAACUGUACAGUUGUGUAAUCUGAGUAAAUGAAUGUAGAACAAAUAGUGAAUUAAAAAUACAUCUGAAAAUACAUAAUGGGGAGAAGCCAUAUAGUUGUUCUGUGUGUAGAAAAGAAUUUGAAACAGUGGGUAACUUAGAAAAACAUGAGAGGAUACACACCAGAGAGAAACCAUACAAUUGUGCUGUGUGUGGAAAAUACUAUAGAAGUAAUAGUGAAUUAAAGAUGCAUCAAAGAACACACACUGGAGAGAAACCUCAUAGUUGUGCAACUUGUGGAAAAAAUUUGGAUUGAAAUGUAAUCUAAAAACACAUGAAAGAAGACACACUGGGGAGAAGCCUUAUAGCUGUGCAGUUUGUGGAAAACAAUUUGUAAAAAAAGGUAACUUA